GUGGUUCUCUCUCUCACGCACACAGAGAAACACUUUUUAUUAGCCAAAAGUUGUUAGAUUAUAUAAUCUGGCCAGAUUAUAAUCCCAAACAAACACUAAAUUAGUAUAUGUGAAUGUGAUAAACACCAAAUUAGUAUAUGUGAAUGUGAUGGUUGAUUUUUUUUUCUUUAGGAUGGAAGUAAUACUGCAUUAGCAUCUACGGUCUGAAGCGGCCGGCGGAACUGCCGAUUCCGCGACCUCCCAAAUGCUAACGUUGCCGCCGGCGGCCAAGACCUCCACACCCCCGCCGCGGCAGCCACCGCUCACUAUUCCACUCUUUUCAGACGGAUGCACGUACCUUCCCUAGCGCCCAUGGCCGCGCCCGCCCUUGCUUCCUUCGUUCGGGGACUCUACUACCACUUGGCCGCGGCUGCUUGCGGUCGCGACCAUGGCCUCCGUUCCUCAAAUGACGCGGCCUCUUCACCAACGGGUUCGGUUGUUCUGUCCUGCAAGCGGUGGAAGUAUUUGUGAAAGGAGCUGAAGGUUGAAGGCGAUUGAUUUUCAGGCUGGCAACUGGCUUGAUGCCUGAUUCUUGGUAGGAUCUUCUGCUACUCUCCAGUGCGAAGUGCCGACACUUUCAAAUUCAUUCAUGAAACUCCCGGUCUCAAAUGUUGCUUAAGCAUUUAGAUUUCUUCAAAAGAAAUGCUCACCGUCACUUCACACACACACACACAGUCUAUAACUGAUGAAAUCGCUGUUGUUGUUUUUUUUUACAACGUGGUGACCAUUUACUGACUGGGAAAAAAAAAGAGAGAACUCGCAAACCUUCUACCCACUUCCGAUGGAAAUUGACCUGGAAGGAAGAAGAUACAUUAUCUCGUGAAACCGUCCAAAAGAUGCUAUCUGCAAAAAUAUCUUUCACUUGUCGCUGUCUCGUCCAGCUUACAUUUCUUUUGACCCAUAGCAGAAGGCAUUGGAAGCGUGGUUUCUUUGUCAUCACCUGAAGUGUGCGAUGUGCCGGAUUCGGCUGCUUCUAUCUUGCAGCUCAGAAACAUGUGGCGAUAAAGGUAUAUAAGCCAAACGCUUUUGCAAACUGGGAGCCUGGGAUCACCAAAUGGACCGUGUUCUUCUGAGCUCCCACUUGCCAUCUCACGCUCAUGCAAACACGAGGUUGCAGCAGGGUCCUGGUGGCCUCAACAGUAUAGGAUUUGCAGUCAUAAAAAAGGGAUGCUUGAAGUUAAGAUGUUACGCGAUCGGCGAUGAACUCGGUGGUCCAGGGCGCUUUAGUAAGCAUUUCAUCGAGAACAGUAAUGGACCUGUUUUCCAGGGACUCGAUGCGUCUGCUGGUUCUUUUAGAACUGUCGGUGCUGAAAUCACUCAGGACACUGGAGAUUUCUUUGUCAGUGACGCAGAGGGUGAUCCAGACAAACCUACCGAUGGGUUCUCCUCGAUCGACCAGGCUAUAGGUGCUUUGCGUGAAGGGAAGUUUGUUAUUGCUGUAGAUGAUGAGAACGGCGACAACGAAGGCGACCUUGUGAUGGCGGCCACUCUAGUGGACCAGAAGUCAGUCGCAUUCAUGAUCAGGAAUGGCUCUGGGAUUAUCUCGGUAGGCAUGGAGGAGGAGGACCUGACUAGACUGAUGAUUCCGAUGAUGUCCCCUAUCACAGAAAUCGAAGAUAUCACGGCUGCUGCUUCCACGGUGACAGUGGAUGCCAGGGUUGGCAUAUCUACGGGUGUGUCGGCUGCAGACAGGGCGAAGACCAUCCUCACUCUAGCCUCCUCUGACUCCAAGCCCAGUGAUCUGAGGAGACCAGGCCACAUAUUCCCCCUCAAGUACCGGAACGGGGGCGUGCUGAAGAGAGCUGGCCACACAGAAGCGUCGGUGGAUCUGGUUGCGUUGGCAGGUCUCCGUCCUGUGUCCGUUCUCUCCACCGUCAUGGACCCCAGGGACGGUUCGAUGGCAGGCGUAACGGUUCUCCAGCAGAUGGCUAUGGAGCAUGACAUACCCAUCGUUUCGAUUGCUGAUCUCAUCCGGUAUAGGAGAAAGCGGGAGAAGCUGGUGGAGCUGAUUGCUGUGUCUCGCUUGCCGACGAAAUGGGGCCUCUUCCGAGCCUACUGCUACCAGUCCAGGCUCGAUGGAACCGAGCACAUCGCUGUUGUGAAGGGCGAUAUCGGCGACGGCGAAGAGGUCCUGGUGAGGGUGCACUCGGAGUGCCUGACGGGGGACAUCCUCGGCUCAGCCCGCUGCGACUGCGGCAACCAGCUGGAGCUGGCGAUGCAGCUGAUCGAGAAGGCCGGCCGUGGCGUGCUCGUGUACCUCCGCGGCCACGAGGGCCGCGGCAUUGGCCUGGGCCAGAAGCUCCGCGCCUACAACCUCCAGGACGAGGGCCACGACACCGUCGAGGCCAACGUCGAGCUCGGCCUCGCCGUGGACGCCCGCGAGUACGGCAUCGGCGCCCAGAUACUCCGUGACAUCGGCGUGCGCACGAUGCGGCUGAUGACCAACAACCCCGCCAAGUUCAUCGGGCUCAAGGGCUACGGGCUCGCCGUGGUGGGGAGGGUGCCGGUGAUCUCUCCCAUCACCAAGGAGAACCAGAAGUACCUCGAGACCAAGCGCACCAAGAUGGGCCACGUCUACGGCUCCGAUCUCCCGGGAAGCCUGCCGGAGUUCGCCAACCCACAAGAGGCCCCCACAGAACAAGACGACGACGAUAACCAAAACUGAUAAAAAAACUAUACGGUGUCGUUUUUUUAGGAAAAGAUACCAAUAUAACCACAAAUUCUUGUAUUCCACUGAGAACGAGUAUUGCAGAGUAUUUAUUUAUCAACUGCAAAAUUAUUAAGUAUAAUAGAGAUACAAACUUUUAUCAACGCCUCUUUUACGGAGGUAAAGCA